CCUUGAAUGCGUAGUUCGUGCUGCUACUAGUCUUGUGGAGCCGAUCGUUUGACAGGGAAGAGGUGACGACGGAGACUUAACACAAAUACAGAACAUAAUGGCCGCCAUGUUGCUGAGCACAAUGCGGAGCGGCUCUGUCAGUCCUUCCUGGGCGGUGCGGUUGACGGCACGCUCUCUCAGCACGACGUCCCCUCUGCAGGCACAGGUUCAGACAAAGAGUAAAAAGACCCUGGCCCGGCCCGGUGUGAAGAACAUAGUUCUGGUGGAAGGAGUCCGAACCCCUUUCCUGUUGUCUGGAACCACAUAUGCUGACCUCAUGCCCCAUGACUUGGCCAGAGCAGCUCUGCAGGGUCUGCUGCACAAGACAGGUUUACCCAAAGAUGCUGUAGACUACAUCAUAUAUGGAACAGUCAUUCAGGAGGUCAAAACCAGCAAUAUAGCAAGAGAGGCAGCACUCGGCGCAGGCUUCUCUGACAGGAUCCCAGCUCACACCGUCACCAUGGCCUGCAUCUCUUCCAACGUGGCUAUGACCUCAGCUGUUGGUAUGAUCGCUGCAGGACAGUGUGACUCUGUCGUGGCGGGAGGGGUGGAGUUCAUGUCCGACGUUCCCAUUCGUCACAGCCGUAAGAUGAGGAAGACCAUGCUGUCCCUCAGCAAAGCAAAGACCCUCGGCCAGAGGCUCGGUCUGAUUGGCAGCAUCCGGAUGGCACACUUGUCCCCUGAGCUUCCUGCUGUGGCGGAGUUCUCCACCGCUGAGACGAUGGGCCACAGCGCUGACCGUCUGGCUGCUGCCUUCGGGGUCACCAGACUGGAGCAGGACGAGUUCUCUGUGCGCUCACACACUCUGGCCAAACAGGCCCAGGACGCAGGGCUGCUGGAGGAUGUCAUCUCCUUCAAAGUGCCUGGUCGUGAUAUUGUUUCCAAGGAUAACGGCAUCCGUGUUUCCUCCAUGGAGCAAAUGGGAAAACUGAAGGCCGCCUUCAUCAAACCUCACGGCACAGUCACUGCUGCUAACUCCUCCUUCCUGACUGACGGUGCCUCUGCUGUGCUCGUCAUGUCCGAAGAGAAAGCGCUGGCUAUGGGCUACAAGCCUAAAGCCUACCUCAGAGACUUUGUCUACGUGUCCCAGGACCCCAAAGAUCAGCUGCUUUUGGGGCCAACGUACGGUACACCAAAGGUCCUGGAGCGCGCCGGUCUGAGCAUGAGUGACAUCGACGUGUUUGAGUUCCACGAGGCAUUCGCAGGCCAGAUUAUGGCAAAUCUGAAGGCGAUGGACUCAGAUUGGUUCGGCCAGACGUACUUGGGCAGGAAAUCAAAGGUGGGAGCUCCUCCCAUGGAGAAGUUCAACCUGUGGGGGGGCUCUCUGUCUCUGGGCCAUCCGUUCGGAGCCACCGGCUGCCGGCUGGUCACCACCGUGGCCCACCGGCUGCAGAGGGAGGGCGGGCAGUACGGCCUGGUGGCAGCUUGUGCUGCUGGAGGACAGGGUCAUGCCAUGGUGAUCGAGGCCUACCCCCAAUAAAAGCACUUAAAACACCAUCUGUGACCCGAUCUACAGGUUCAACAAGAUAGACACACUCACACACACAACAGAGUGUACAUACUAUGCACCGCUUUGCCUUGAGGAGUCGGAUACAGUAUGUGAGUGCGUUUUAAGAAUAUUGUGUAAAUUCAAUUUUGCCUAGAGGCCGUUAAAUUAUAGCAGAAUGUUAUCGAGGAAUGUUGCUUAUGAGUUCAUGGACUUGGAGAUGCAUCAUGUCAGCGGUGUCACUGAGUCGAUUGUAACAUAGAACAAAUAAAAGCACUCAGAGGUACAGUGACCCUAAUGUUUAUAUAAGCUGUCAUAUGAUUUUCUUACAAACUGUUGGAAAUAAAGGGUGUUGUGACGACCACUCUGAAACUCA